AUGCUGAACGAGAGUCAUAUGGAGGCGGACUCUGACGAAGAGCACAUGGAAUGCCCUGUUGACCGUCUGCUUGCUGUAUUCUCGUCCUCGGCACAUCUCCCAGCGGCAGUGCUGCACCUGUGCCUUAGCGGCGAGACAAUAUUCUCGUUUGACUCUGUGGAACUGCUGCUGCCCAUGCUGACUAAUAUACAGCGCCUCUCCCUUCGCCGCUGUUUAUGUACUUCACCCCCCAUAAUUUCCGUCAUAGAAAGUCUGCUCGCGCGGCCUACGAUCCAAACGAUUAGUCUCUGGCGCGUGGUGUUUCUUACAAUGCAGGAUGUACGGACUGUCAUCGGCCACGGGCUCCCGCCGGAGCUGCAAUUUCUGGAACUUGAGAAUCUAGAGAUUUGCAACGACGGUCACAACGUUUCGCCAAUCAGAACUGUGGAGAGUAGAGUAACUCAACGCAGAGCGCGAUCUUUCACGCUGUGCAUCCCUGGUACUCUCAUGUUCCAAACUCUCAAGCCAAUGCUAGACUUUACAUGGACGCAAACCCUCGAUAUUUGUGUUUCCCGCGGCAUUGAAGCAGAAGUGCAGCAAAUUCUUGAAAGGGCGACUAAUCUAAGGGAGCUUAGGAUGGACUUGUCUCUCUACACAGGGACGACAACAUUUCUCGAUCUCCACGCCCUUACAUCGCUCAAUAUACUGCGAAUGGCGUUGCGUCCUGUGCGAUUCGGAGACGAAUACAACCCCAUCCGGCUCACUGCAGUACCCCUCAUCUCGACAGCAUUCCCGACCUGUCCCCUCCGUAUCGUCGCGAUUGAGUUGCAAUUGUACAAGAUCGCACAACCCAUCGCCCAGCUGCUCUACGAUUCGGACUUCCAAACAGUGCUGCUCCAUGCCGCGGAGAUGGUCGGGCCAGUCGCUGCCCAUAUCGACAUUGCCUCCAUGCGAACCCAGCCCUGGCCCCUGGGACGUGAAGCAUGUUCUCAAGUCGAUCCGACAGGAGCUUCCGGAGCUCGAAACGCGCGGAAUGCUGAAGGUACGGUGCAUGCGACACAAAAUGUAUGUAGACCGUGUCCAUCCAGAAUGAACAUUUGA